GUUGAAAGCUGCAUGGCUUCGAAGUUAUAUCCACUGCGACUGCAAACGGUCACGUGGGAUUUCUCGAAACCCAGAGUUGCCCAUUCAGCGAAAAGUCCGUCCCUGUGUACUUUAAAGCCAAGCAUUCCGCUCGUUAGAUGCCACUUGUGGCAGAAUCCUGUCCAAGAUGACCUUCGUACCUUAUACUCUUCAAACUAUACUUAACGAUGUAUCGAUAGAGCCAGUUUCACCGCCGUCGGGAGCCGUUUCGCCCACUACUAGCACCCCGCGUACUCUCUUCUCGCGCCAACGAACAUCUCCGAUCAGUGACCACAAAUCGCCUCCUUCGUCACCACCUGGAGUCGGUUCGAGAUUCAGGUCACUUACUUCGACUGGAAAGCAAGGAAUUGAAGCAGUGGAAGCAUGGGAUAACAAUUUGUACGUCGGAACCAGCGAUGGGUUUAUCCUCCAUUACAUAAUAGAAGAACAGCAGGCUGACAACUCGAACGAGCUACAGUAUAUAUCUAAGUUGGAAGGCAAAAUCAAUUUGGAGCUCGGCAGAAAAGUUGUCGAAAAGAUUAUGGUGCUUCCCCAAGUUUCAAAAGCCAUUGUUCUUUGUGAUUCUACAUUAUCAUUCUAUACCCUCCCAUUCUUCGACCCGAUACCCGUUUCUAUAAUACCACAUAUCAAAGGAGUGAGCUGUUUCUGUCAUGAUUUUGCAGAAGAAGGUCGUAUUGGCGAAGAUGGAACUAUCAAGCUCUGUGUUAUUAAACGUAGAGUCAUUCAAUUAUAUAAAAUCGGUGAGCUUGUGCAGCUCAAAAAGGAACUCCCGCUACCUAAUGGCGCCAUUACAGUUGCUCGACAUGGCCACAGCUUAUGUCUUGCCGACACUCAACAAUAUAAACUCGUCAAUGUACAAUUAAAUUCUGCAACCUCUUUAAUACCAACUCCACAAUCCGUGUCUGGCCCCCAGCCGGCUAGUCCGCAAUCUCCUGGAGGAUUUAUUCCAAAGCCUUUAAUAGCUGUUAUUGGAGACGGCGAGUUUCUUGUUGUGAGCGGAAACGUCAAUAAUCAGACUACCAUAGGUAUCUUUGUGAAUUCCGUAGGCGAUGCUAUUCGUGGCACACUCCAAUGGGGCAGUUAUCCUCGUGCCAUAACCGUACAAUUUCCCUAUAUUAUCUCUUUACUACGCAACAGAACAAUUGAAGUGCACAAUAUUCGAGAUCAGCAAUGUGUCCAAACAUUGGAACUACAGCCUGGAAUUGAACCUCGAGGAUUAUGUAUGGGGCAUGGAAUUAAAGUCUGGGCUGAAGGUUUGACAACUCGGUUACGACAGUUUCAAUGGACACCGCGCGAUAUGGAGCCAUUGGACAAUAUUGAUUGUGAUUUCAUCAAUCAGCAACUCAGCAGGUCGUAUAUUGUACCAACAAGACUUCUGCUCUACAACAAGGACAGUAUUAUGGGUUUGCUAGUUACACCGAUGAUAGUCCAGGCUGAUGCACUUUUGGACACCAAUCAGGUGGAGGCUGGUGUUUCUUUAGCAAACCAAGCGAUGCAAAACCUUUCAGCUCAAGGAGGAAGUCGCGGUGGAGGUCGUAUCCGACACGAGCUAGACUACGUUUACCAGAAGGCUGGAUUUUUGUUCCUUGGAGAGACUUUAUUUGAUGACGCCUUCAGUCUUUUGUCAAAAGGCAAUGUCAAUCCAACCGUUAUCAUAGAUUUAUUCAAAGAUCUUACCAUCCAGAAGGAGAAGGAUUGCAUCCCCGAUGUGGUCCUCUAUGAAGGAGUCAAAAAAAUUGUAGAUAGUAUUGGAAGGAUUGAAGAUAUAGUUGCUCGUAAUAUCGAGAAGAACUAUAGUCCACACAUCCAGCCCGACGUUGAAACUGCCUCCGCUACUGUUGAACUUCGGCGUGUUCUCCUUUUGAAUGCUCGCGAAGCUGUACAGAAGUAUUUGCUACGAGAAAGAGCUAAGUACAAUAGAGAUGCUAAAGGAUCCAAGACGUGCAAGUGUAUAGACACCGCACUGCUCAAAGUUUCCGCUACCAAAGAGGAUACUACUCUAUUAUUUGACCUUGUCAUCAACCCUAAUGACUGCUGUAUCGACGAUAGCGUUGAAGCACUUAUGAAUGCACAGAGAUAUUACGCUUUAUCACUGCUAUACAAAACAAAAGGCAUGUUUACAGAUGUUCUGGAAAUGUGGACAAGGAUAUAUGAUCAAGAGUUGAAAGAUCCAAAUUUCACCGAUGGUUUAAAUCAAAUACGAGACAUGUUGAUCACAGAUUUAGAUGCUAGUGAAGAAUCUGUUCCCAUCAUUGAAAAGUACGGGUGGUGGUUGAUGGAUCAUAGUGCUUCUGAUGGCGUUCGAGUCUUCAUGGAGGCGAAAGCUGCAGAUUCUUUGGAUUCAGACAAAAUACUUGGCAAGCUCGAUACCUAUGGCAAUGCACCUGCUCAAACCUACUUAGAAUAUUUGGUUCAAGGAAAGGGCAGCGGGAGCCCCGAGCAUCACACUCGACUGGCUUGCAGCUAUGCUCAAGACGUCCAAUCAGGUAUGGAAGAUCCCAAGAACGUUGAAGUUUUUAAGAAAAUGGUAUACGAUUACAAGGAGCUUGUUGCUGAAUCUGAAAGGCGAAUGGCUGCGUCAAACCGAAGCCAGCCUCAAAUAACAUUCAUGGCUUACAUGGCACAGCAUACCUCCGUUUCGAAAUUUGUUCAGCUACGCCUCAGGCUACUCAAAUUACUUCAGCGGUCUCGCCAGUUUGACCCAAACACAGUCUUGGAGCGUUUAAUUUCUAGUGAACAGUUGCAGCUUGAACGUGCCAUACUCUAUGGAAAGCUACACAAGCAUGAAGAGGCACUUCAGAUAUUGACAUUGGAGUUGAAUGACUUUGUUGGUGCAGAGCUGUAUUGUGUAACAGGCGGGCAUAGCAUUGGCAGCGCGACUACCAACAAAGAAAAGGAAUUUUCAAAACCAUCAACCUCGAGCCGCAAGGCAAAGCAUCGCAUGGAAAAGGAAUUACCUAGGCUGCCUGUUAUGACAGCGGAAGAGACACAAGAGCGACGGGAGCUCUGCCUCUUACUUCUCAAGAUGUAUUUGAAUAUUUCAGACCAGGAUCUACGACAGUAUAGAAGCGUUCAUCUGCUGAACACACAGGGACUAUACCUUGAUCUUGCAGAGGUGCUUGAGCUGCUUCCAGAUGAAUGGCCAGUGAAUGUAGUGGAACGCUAUUUAUUACAAGCCUUCAGAAAAGCUACCGACGAAAAAUUACAAGCCAAAAUUGUGCUUGGCCUCUCUCGAGGUGAAAAUUUGAUGGUCUCCUACCGGUUGUUCAAACUACAAGAUGAUAAAGGUCCAACAAUAAUAGAGUCAGACUCAACCUGUGAGAAAUGCGGCAAUUACCUUGGUGAUAGUUUAGUAGCUCAGCAGAUGGAUAGUGGUGAACUGUAUCACUUGCACUGUGCCAAGACUGAUGGUCUUGUUCAAUAGAAGUUCUCACGUCUUAUAAUAGAGUGCGUGAAGCAAUGUUACUUCAAGCUUGACCAAAUAAUUAUCUCAUUCAACCGUGCUAUUACUGUCGUAACUGCUAGUGCGGAUGAAUAUUUAAGGGGUAUCUUCCAAGUUACUGCAUAUUCUCUAUCAAACAUGGCCAUUCAGUCGCUACA